CAAUCCGACGCCUAGUUGCCUGAGCGACGGCCGCCAGCAGCCAGUUGGAGACGCCGCUCAGAAAGGGAGGCUAGUUAGUGGAUAGCGAACCAAUCCGUGACAAGGGAAGGCAAACUUGAGCCAAUUGCAACUGAGAAGGUGGGAAGGGGCGGAGUUCACCCAGUGGCUGCUCGGUGGUGGGUGAGGGAUCAGCUUUCUCGGCUAGUUCCCACCCUAGGACUUCUAAGCCCCUGGAGUGCAAGAGAGAAAGGCUCAGGGAAUUCCCGGAGUGGGGCAUAGAGGGAGCCACUGGUGGGGACCUUUCUGGGGGCUUUCCCUUCGUGGGGUGCUAUGGAGUUCCCAGAACACAGUCAGCAGCUGCUGCAGAGCCUCCGAGAGCAGCGGUCCCAGGGUUUCCUUUGUGACUGCACCGUGAUGGUGGGUAGCACCCAGUUCUUGGCCCAUCGGGCAGUGCUGGCCUCCUGCAGCCCAUUCUUCCAGCUUUUCUACAAAGAGCGGGAACUGGACAAGAGGGAUCUGGUGUGUAUCCACAACGAGAUUGUCACGGCCCCAGCCUUUGGGCUGCUUCUGGACUUUAUGUAUGCUGGCCAGCUGGUCCUGAGAGGGGAUACCCCUGUGGAAGACGUUCUGGCAGCCGCCAGCUACUUGCACAUGAAUGAUAUCGUCAAGGUGUGUAAGCGGCGGCUGCAAGCCCGGGCCCUGGCGGAGGCGGAUAGUACCAAGAAGGAGGAGGAGAACACCUCACAGCCCUCUAGUUUGGCAUUUUUGUCUAGCACUUCUCGUGGCCCCCAGCCUUCCUUGGCAUCUGCUGAGACAUCAGGUCAUUGGGGCAAGGGAGAAUGGAAAGGCCCUACAGCUUCCUCACCUACUGUCUGCCCUCCAGAUGAGCCACCAAUACCCAGUGGGGCUGAUACUACACAGCCUGGCGUGGAGGUUGACUCACCGCAUCUACGGGCACCUCCUCCACCAGUGGCUGAUGUCUCUCUUGCCAGCCCCAGUAGCUCCACAGAGACUAUUCCUGCAAACUACUUCUCUUCUGGCCUCGCAACAGUUUCAGUGGAGCCACUGGCUCCCCUCGAUGUGAGUUCUGAGAGUCUGAGGGUGGUGGAACCAAGGGGUGCUGGAGGACCAUUGCAAGGCUUCUAUCCCCCAGCAUCAGCUGCAGCCCAAGUCCUAGCCCCCGUUCCAUCCCAGGCUCCAACCCCAGCAGAAGCCGAGCUGGUCCAGGUGAAAGUCGAAGCUAUUGUGAUUUCUGAUGAGGAGCCCGAAGUGUCGGAGGAGCAGCCUCAGGGGUCUGAGGGACUGUUUCCACCUGGAGGAGCGAUGUACGGUGGACAGCCCCCUCAGCCAGAGGCUUUUGAAGAGCCAAGGGCAGCAGGACUGGAAGAGGUGGGGCCAAGUGACCACUUCCUGCCCCCAGAUCCUCACCUACCAUACCAUUUGCUGCCAGGUCCCGGGCAGUACCAUCGAGGACUGGUGACCUCCCCUCUGCCAGUUCCCCCUGCCCUGCAUGAGCCACUUUACCUGCCCUCUGAAUAUGAAGCAGCCCCAGGAAGCUUUGGGGUUUUUACUGAAGAUGUUCCCACUUGUAAGACAUGUGGGAAGACCUUUUCAUGUUCUUACACACUACGGCGACAUGCCACAGUGCACACACGGGAGCGACCCUAUGAGUGCCGCUACUGCCUACGCAGCUACACACAGUCAGGGGACCUGUACCGCCACAUCCGCAAGGCUCACAAUGAGGACCUGGCCAAACGCAGCAAACCAGAUCCAGAGGCUGGCCCCCUCCUAGGCGUGCAGCCCGUCCCUGGCUCCCCUACGGCAGACAGACAGAACAGUUGUGGUGGAGGGCCCCCCAAAGAUUUUGUACUUGGCCCUAAAAACUAAGAUCUGGGGGGAAACGGGCUGAUGCUAGGUCUCGCCAUUACUGGGGCAGCACUGAAAGUUGGAAGCAUGUCAUUUUCCCUGCUGGGUGACAGAAUGAAGAGUCUGCCUAGGCUGAAUGUACCUCCCACCCUUUUCUUUACCCAGCCAGAGCAUGUCAGUCAGCACCUCUGAAGGGCACUGGGACUUUUUCUGGGGUAUAAUUGCUUCUCACUCCACAUUCUGGACCAUAAAGCUAGCAGUGAAAGUAUCUUGUUGAAGUGGCGUUGGCUGGUUUCUUCCACAAACCUCUGCCUCCUGACUUUCACACCUCUCCUCCAGAUCUUUUAGCAAUCUGACAUCUGUACUUGUGGUAGGUAGGGCUGGGGGUCAGGUUGCUUAUGAGUAAAGAGGCGAGACAGGCAGAGGGCAAUGUAGACUUUACUUAGGAAAAGUAUACAAAUUAGGGAAUCUUACACAAUUAUGGUUUAUUUAGUUGAGCUCCUGUGUACUGGGCUGUAUUAGGGACUUCAUAUAAAUACUAAUUUAAUCAAAAAGUUUAUGAGGUAUGAGGUCCCCUCCUUUUUUUCCCCCACUGACAAGGAAACUUAAGACUCAAAAGUCAGUUAACUUGUUCCAGGUCAUAGAGCUGGUUAAGGGGCAAGCCAGAAUUUGAACCAUGGCUUGUGACUUUAAACACUCCCUAUGCUGAUUUAGAACAUUGAUGAAGGUAGUUAAUUUGAGGACUGUGAGUUGUUUUCUUUUUCAUCCUUUUGAGUGUUUGGCUUUGCUCCUUUACCCCUUUGCCUCUGCUUUUCAUGUAGUAGAAAGACCUCUGGUUGGCUGUUUCAAUAACAGAUACUUUAUUGAUGACUUGAAAUGUUUGCCUACAUGUCAUAAAUGCGAAUCAAGGUCUAAAAAUGAGAAACUGAAAGGCAGCACUAAGCUCUAUGGUGGUGGAUUUGUGGGGGUAGGUCGAGGGCCUGUGGUAUGGAAAUGAUGGGUGCUUGGGAAAAGUAAAAAGCAAGAGACUCAGAUGAGUCCAACUCCUCUACUUCAAGUGUGCUGACAGCCUAGAGAGGUCAAAUUACUCAUCCGCGUCACACAAGUGUUUAUUGACAGUGUAGAGACGGCAGAGAAAUGAGAGUUUGGGGUGUUGCUGUAGGAUGGAGGGAGAAGAGUUCUAGGAAUGUAAGAGAAGGGUCUGCCCCAGUCUGUGGUGAACAGUGCUGCUGUAGGGUGGGCUACAGGGCUCCCUGCAAACCCUUCUCUCUGGUGGAACCGAGUGCAAAACAGCAGGAAGGAGAAUUUAGAAAAAGGUGAAAAUGUGAGUAAAUUUUCUGAAUUUCUUUACUUCUUUUUUAAGAUUCGUCUGUCAUAAUCAGCACUGUACACUCAUAGUAAAGCUUUUUUUGAGGUAUAGGAAGGAGACAGAAUUGAACCUUGACGAUUUGGCCAAAGAAAACUCCCUGUCUGGGGCAUUAUGGGAAGCAAAUGUUGAGCCUUGUCAUGUUCAUGGCCGAAAGAGUGAAUUCUACACCUUUCACUUUUCUCGUGUUGGAAUAACCUUUUAAUUUAUCUUUCAUAUGGCUAAUUGCAUUUAUGCAAAUACUGCCUUAACUCCUUGGUGAAACAAGGUAAGAUAUACAUACAAUUAGAGCUAUUCUAGCUGAGUGGAGCACCUUUUCCAAAGUCUUUCCUAGAGUAAAUCAAAAUGCCUGAAAAGAAUCAGUUGCCUUUAAAAGGGUAAAUUUUAUGGUAUGUGAAAUAUAUGUACAUGUGCGUAUAUACGUACAUACAUGUAUGUUAUAUAUGUGCACGUACAUAUGUACACACACAGGGGGAAAAAUUAAUUGGUUGCCUUAUUAGAACAUCAGUUCCUAAAAACAAGGCAUAAUAAGUAUCUGAGUCUACAUGUAUAUAAUUUCUCUAGACAGUCUGGAGAACACACUAAGCAGUUACUAUCUCAGCCACCCUUAAUACCUAAGGAGGAUCUGUUACUUGGUGAAAUUCUGCUGAAGAGCAAGCAUUUGCUUUCAGUUCCCAGCAUGAGAUAUAUUCCUUUAUUAUUAUUAUAGUUGGCACACAAUAUUAUUUUUAGAUGUGAGAUGCAUUCUACAUUGGAGGUGGCAGUUAGGAAUUUUCAAGAUGUUUAAAGCAGCCAACACAAGUUAAGGCUACAGUUGUGUCACUUUAUCUGCUGGACACUAGGACUAGAUUAUGCUGGUCUGUAGAAGUGUUAUCAACAGAGAAUUUUCUUCAGUUUCCAUUGGUCUCGAUGGUGCCAUCCAUGGAUUCAGGGAAGGUCAGUUCAGCUCAUCCAACCUCUAGUCCAACUCUGGAUGCUCCUUUUGCCAGGUGUUAAACAUCUGCUUGAAAGAGGACUCACUGUCCCCAAAAGAAACCUAGUCUAUUGUUAGGCAGCUCUAACUGUUGGAUAAUGCUUCCUUCUACUGAGACAAAAUCAGCCUCCUUCUAUGUGGGGGCCAGGCCAGGCCCCAGCCUAUUGAGUUUCACCUUGAGAAGUUAUUUGCUUUUGAAGUAUAAGCUGACUUAGUUUUCAAACAACCACCCUUUGCCUUCCAGUUUUAAGGAUAUAUUUCUAGGUUAGGAUUUAAUUUCUUAACAGGCUAUUUUUUAAAGUGUCUUUUCACUUGGUGUCUAAUGCUGCCUCGAUCACCAUUUAGCCAAGCUCAGCCUCACAAAACUCACCAGUUCAGCCCAUCCCAUUGGAUUCUUUUUCUUUUUUUUCCCACAUUGGAUUUUGAUUUUUUCCCCCCCAAAGCCAGUGUUUCCAAAAAUGGUUAACUUAGACAUAUACUAAUACUGUUUAAUUAUAAAAUGUAUUUAUUUUAUAUAUAUUUUUUGGCAGAUGAUAUGCUGUGCUCUAAAGUCCCUACCCCAAUUUUAUCAGUAAGCAAUUUUAGUGUGCGGCUCUAAAAGAAAUCUUGAAAAAAGACCAAAUACAUUAUCACAUUCAACAAAAUUGACAAUAAUUCUUAUUCAAAUUUCCAUGAUUGUCUCAUAAACUUGUUUUUUCAAAUCAGAAUCCAAAACCCAAGGGUUUUAGGAGCUCUAUGCCAGGAACUAGGAAGAGACCAAUAUAUACAUUUUCUAUUAUAUCAGCCUCAUAAACGUUUAGUUGUUUUUUUCCAAAUCAGAAUCCAAAGUAGAGUCACAUUUAUUUGGCUGAUGUCGCUCAAGCCUUUUUUAAUCUACAGGUUCUCCUCUCUUUUUCCUUGCAAUUUUUUUUAUUGAAGAAAUUGGGUUAUUCAUCUUAUGGUUUCAGUCUGGAGUUUGCCGUUCACAUUCCCGUGGGAUCGUUUAACAUGUUCCUCUGUGCAAAAGUUCUUUUAAAUAUAUACAUAUAUUUAAAUAAAAUAUUGACUAAAUAGUAGUAUAGGCAGUAUGUGGUUUUGGCAAAAUUGUAAAGGGGUGGGUAUGAAUUCGGAAAACAUUGUUCUAAACUGUCCGGUGUGUGCCAAAGUUUGAACCUUCACAUCCACCAUGAACGCUUUCUCUUCAGUCAAACCCUCAAGUCCUGUGUGGAAGCCUUUAUGGAUCAGUAAGUUAAGGAGCCUCCCACACCACAAACCUCUGAGCAUAGAGAUUUUGGUAUCCUCUGGCUGAUUCCUUCAGGAGGUGGGGUUGCCAGGCCUCCUCCAGACCCAGUCAGAAUGCCUACCUUUGUCCACUUUCAUGUUCAUUAACAGCUCAACAGGAGAUGGCCUUGGAAAUAGACUGAAAUGUAAGCUUGACCACUACUUACUUUGUCUCUUAGCAGUGCUAAUAAACGGAUGAGUGCAAUAAAUUUCUAAAACACA